CGCCUCGCUCAGAGCUGUCAUGGCUUCCACGGGGGCGAGUCGCGGUCCCGCUGCGUCCCUGCGGCCGCCGGAGGGCCGCCCCUCGCGACAGGACAAGUAUUCGGUGCUUUUGCCCACCUACAACGAACGGGAGAACCUGCCGCUCAUCGUGUGGCUGCUGGUGAAGAGCUUCUCCGAGAGUGCAAUCAACUAUGAAAUUAUAAUCAUAGAUGAUGGAAGCCCAGAUGGGACAAGAGAAGUUGCUGAACAACUGGAAAAGAUCUAUGGGCCAGACAGGAUUCUCUUAAGACCACGGGAGAAAAAGCUGGGCCUCGGAACUGCCUAUAUUCAUGGAAUAAAACAUGCCACCGGAAACUAUGUUAUCAUCAUGGAUGCUGACCUCUCACACCAUCCCAAAUUUAUUCCUGAGUUCAUCAGGAAACAAAAGGAGGGUAAUUUUGAUAUUGUGUCUGGAACUCGCUACAAGGGAAAUGGGGGUGUUUAUGGAUGGGAUUUGAAAAGAAAGGUAAUCAGCCGUGGGGCCAAUUUUAUAACUCAGAUUUUGCUGAGACCGGGAGCAUCGGACUUGACAGGAAGCUUCAGAUUAUACAGAAAAGAAGUUCUACAAAAAUUAAUAGAAAAAUGUGUCUCCAAAGGCUAUGUGUUUCAGAUGGAAAUGAUUGUUCGAGCACGGCAGAUGAAUUACAGCAUUGGUGAGGUUCCAAUUUCAUUUGUGGAUCGAGUUUAUGGUGAAUCCAAGUUGGGAGGAAAUGAAAUAGUCUCCUUCCUGAAAGGGUUAUUGACUCUCUUUGCUACUACAUAAAAGAAAUUACUCACUUAUACUUCCCCUGUUCAUUUCAAUUAAAAGUAAGAGAAGCCGGGGUCACUGAUUCUUAUCAAUGUUCUCUUAACACAUGAGCCAAAGGUAAGAUGCAUUUAAUAUGGAGCUCUGGAGAAACUCCAUUUUAUAUUUCAAGUUAAAAUUUAAAGUUUCUGGUUUAGUGAGCAAUACGCUCAAUUUUUAUGUACAUUAUACUGUAUUAACCCCUAUAAAUAAAUGUAUAUAGGUUUUGCAUAAAAUGUUGCUGGUUUCAUUUAAAUAAUGUGAAUGCAGAUUCUUAUGAGAAAAUAUGGAAUACUUCAUAAAACUAAAUUGUCUUUAUACCUAGAUGUGAGAAAGAGAAGCUUAAUUAUAUUUAUGAAAUACAGUUAAUGUAUGAACUAGAAAAGAAAUAAACUCUCUGACCGUAAGUC